UUUGUCGACCUUUGUGUCCUAGAUAUAAAGUGUUGUUGACUUACAAAGUCAUUGUUACUAUAGAAACCAUGUGAAAGUCCUGUUUUUGAUAUCCAUGUCACAAAAUGGUGCGGAUUCUAAUUUACUCAGUAAUUUAUAUUGUUAUUCAGUGUGAUGAAAUCUCUCGAUCAUUAGAUUGUGAUAUUAAAUAUGUAUUUAAUGGAAAACUCGGAGUCAAAAUAGCUGAUUGUAAAAACAGAGGACUGCAGUUUAUUCCUGAAGAUUUACCUCGGGAUAUAAAUGUUCUAGAUAUAUCUUCAAAUCGGUUAAAGAGUAUUGAAAACAGUUCGCUGAUUAUUUAUCCACAUCUACAGGAACUUUAUUUGAGAACGAAUCAACUUAAAUAUUUAUCUGAUAAGUCAUUUCAGGGAUUAUACAAUCUUGCCGUGCUUGAUAUGUCUCACAAUUUGCUUGAUUUAUCUUAUGCAUAUUUAGCCGAACUUUUUUUUCCGAUUCAAAACUUAACAAAAUUGGAUAUCAGGAGUAAUAUGCCUCAACCUGAGAAUUAUGAUAAGGAAUUCAACUAUCCCGAUCAUGCGUUCGGUGUUCUGAGAGAAUUGACUUUCUUAGGAAUUGAUAUGAUGCCUGUGCCAAACUUCGGAAGCGGAUUCAGUGAAAUGAAGAAACUUCGGAAAUUAUACUUUAAAUCUUGUUAUUUGGUACGUCUAUCAAAUGAAACAUUCCAGACGUUUUCAUCAUCUGUAGAAGAGCUUUAUCUCAGAAAUUGUCGAUUAAAAUUUGUGAAAACAGAAGAUGACGCUUUGAGUCCAUUUCCACAUCUACGUGUACUGGAUUUUUUUGGAACGUUUAUGCACCUCACUCGUGCUUUACUACUUUUACAUCCAUACCGUUAUAGAAAUAUGACCACAAUUAAUUUUGGCCAUGUGAGUGACCUAACUAUUGAUAGCGACGACUUCCCGUAUGCUCUGACAAUUACAUCCGAUAUAAUGACAAAUCUGAAAUCCAUUUGCAUAGAAAAUCUAGAUUUAUCACAGAAUGGAAUAGUUGAUUACAAACAUGGAUCUUUACUUUCCUUUGAUCAACCAGAAUGUUUACAACAUCUUUCAUUGAAAGGAAACAGACUUUUACUAGCUUAUAUAAAAAAUCACGAAGAGAUUAACUCUUUUUUUAGAAAAGCUUUGCGAUUGCAAACUUUGGAUUAUUCAUAUAAUGUCGUCAACUUCUUCAUUGAAAAUUCAUUGACCUCAGAUUCUGAUUUUAAAAGUUCUGGUGAUAGUCACGUAAUCUUGCCAGCAUCAUUAGAACAAUUAGAUAUCAGUUUCACAAUAGUUAAUACAUUACCCUUACUGUUUAUAGUUCCUAAAAUCAAUAAUCUUACUUAUUUGGAUAUAUCUUAUACAAAUACAACUGUGACCAUGCUUUUUAUUGAACUUCGAUUAGAGACAUUUAUUUCUGCUGGAACGAGGUAAAGUUUCGGUUGGAAGGAAUUAAAUCGUUUUCAAGAGACCAACCUAAAAAAAAUAGUUUUGAAAGACGCUACCCUUAAUGAUGGAAUAGACACAUACGGAAACAGGUUUUUCAUGAAAUGUCAAUCAGUCAAGUCACUGGAUAUAUCUGAAAAUAGUAUUUGGCAUUUUUCGGACGAUAUUUUUAAACCAAUGCCAAAUUUGUCAAAUCUUUAUUUAACUGACAAUUUUCUCCAAUCUAUUCCAGAACAGCUGGAUACGCAAACAAACAUAAAGGUGCUUGAUGUUAGAAAAAUCUCCUUACAAGUAUAAAUUCACUCAUUAGAAAUUGGGCAGAUAAAAUGCAUGAAAUCCAUGGAAUGGCUUUGUACCUUGAUGGCAAUGCAUUUAUUUGCAACUGCGAUAAUUUAGACUUUAUACGAUGGAUACAGACUACAAAAGUUGAUCUGGACAGUCGGUCUUAUAAAUGUCAAUUAUCAAAUGGAACCGUUACUGAUACACUUACUGCCUACAACUCCUUAUCACACUUGUUCGCGGACUGUAAGAGUACUAUGUGGUUAACCUUUGCUUCGACAUUGUUAUCUACAUGUGUUACAAUCUCGUUACUGCUUCUGUUGUAUAGUAAAAGAUGGAAAAUUGCCUUCUCUAUCUAUGGAGUUAUUCAGCGUAGUAUUGAACAAAAAGUUCGAAAGACAUACCAGUACGACGUGUAUAUGUCUAAUGAAGGAGGGGUAGUCGUUUGGAUAAAAGAUGUCUUAGCACCAAAACUUGAGGCCGAAUGGGGACUGACCAUGUGUAUAAGAGAUCGAGAUUUUUUAGGUGGUGAGAGUCUUCUGGAUACUGAGGCCGAAUGUAUCGAAAAGAGUAGGUACAUUAUUUUCCUCAUCACACCUGAGU